AUGUUUCAGUUUUGCUGCCAUUUGUAUCCGGACUACGAAGACCAAAUCCUCGCCCUGAUGAGGAAGGACUCCAAAGAUAUUGUGAGCUCCCGAACUUCUCUUGCUGUAUCCUUUUUAGAGGGACUCUGAAAUCCUUUUUUUACUUUAGACAUACCCGGUGCCCCCCAUACGCUUAAUGGGAAAGCUAAAUUCUGCGGAGAAACUUAGCGCCAUACAAUCUUACAUGUCUUCAUUACAGUAAGAUCACAUGUUUUUUUUGAAACACGCACACAUACGGUGGUAUCAGUUUUGUCCGUUUUUAUAAAAUGUUAUAUGCAUGUCCGAAGGUAAACGAAGACCUUUACUCAACGCAAUGAUUGUACGUAAACAGUGCUAUUUACUUGGUCCCAGAACUCACGUUUUUGCAAGGGGAUUUAUCUUAGUUAACGUCUAUCUGUUAGCACAGGAUAUUCCAGAUAAAACAUUUGUGUUGAGGAAUGUUGCUGUUGCCUCCAAAAAGUAAUAUUGCGUUAAUGGCAGGUUUUUAUUUUUUUACAAGGUAUAACUACACAGGGACGCAGUUCUUUGCCAUUCCAAAGUUUCGGCCCAUCAUCAGGUAGUCGGUUUUCACUUUACUGUGCUUUGUGCAGGCUAGUUGAUACAGCCAGGGAAAUUAUCCGUGAUUCUCUGCCAAUAAAGUGUUUAGAAGGCGUUAUACUCGCUGUGUGAGUCGUUCUUGCAUCUAUUAUUUCGAUAGAUUCUUGACCCAGGGGCAUACGGAACUGAAACGCUUCACGAUCUCCUUCAAAUCAAAGUUUAACGAUCAAAAACACAGACAUAUUGUGCUAGGAAUCUACUGCCGCGGUUAUUUCGGAGCCUUGGGAAUGAGCCGCCGCGAAGAUCUGAUGUAUAAACCGCUUGAAUUCCAUGUGGGACUAAACAUGUUUUAUUUAACUUUGAGAUAUGCUGUUUAUGAUAAAUAUUUGGUAAUUUUAUGCUAUGCUGCACUGUCUUUGCGGGCCUAGUAUUUCAAGAAAUUCCUCUGUAAAUUCCAGUGCCUUUCAGAUUUAGUUGGCAGCUACCUGAAGGCAUAUGCCAGUUACGAACAUAUCGUGCAAAAAUUGAAGAUCGGUGGGCCUAUUCCUCAUGAACCUCACAUGCUUGAAACAAUCAUGUGGAGAGUAAGCCCCUUUUAAGGAUCAAGUGACCAAUAUAGGGGUUGUCGAUCUCACCUGUACAUGCGUCAGAAGCACGAAUGUCACAUCUCAUUGAAAACUACUCGAAACAGGUGAGCUUGGUUAAUUACAACUUGGUAAAAAUGCUUAGUGUGGCUUAUGAUGAUUGAUAUAUUCACUGUGCUAAUUUCUUUUCAGUUAACAUCUUCGUAUGCGAGAUUUACAAUACAGCCCGUCUCCGUCAAACUGCCGGAGCUACAAAUGAAAAUAAACAGGCAAAAAAACUCGACGAUCCUUCAGAGUGGCGAGUCCACGUCAAGUGCAUCAACUCUCCCGGCACUUAAAAGCGGCGAUCGAAAAGACACUAGAGCCAGAAGUACGAAUGCUUUAGUGAGAAAAUAAUACUAUUUGUAAGAGCGUGUCCGCAGGGAUUCAGGACAACGGGACUAUUUCCACCCGAAAAUAUGAAGUUAGGUAAGUAAAGUUGAAAAAGGCCCCAUCAAUGCGGGCUAAGGACUUCACACAGAUGUUAGCAUAUGCCUUUAAAAUUUGGGUCUCUCAAUGCUUCAACGACCAUCUUUAGCCCGUAAAGACAUUUAAAACAAGGACUGAUUGCGUCUCAUUCAGGUAUCCAUUUAACUUCAGACCACAACGCAUAGCCCUACAAAACUCAGGGGGUAAAGUUCUUGUUAGACAUUCUGCAGAAUAGUGUGUUAGUACCAUACCUUACUGUUAAUAUUUUUACUUCUUAAAUGUUGUCUCCUACCUGCGCAGUUGAUUUUCUAGAAAACUUGGACUAAUAUUUGCCUUAGCUGUCGGCAAAAGACUUAUCUGUUACAACUAAUAGUGCGAAUUUCGCAAAAGCCCAUAAAGGUGCGACGAGAUAUGCGUAUACGAGAUAGGUGGCACUGGGCGAUUUUGUCUUAAACGAACUAAGCAGUCGUCAGAGAACACUAAAGAGGCCUCCUAGAACCUAUAAAGACAUUCUUAGAAGAAUGCGCUGUUAGUCGUUUAUUUGUACUCAUGCUACUAAAUAAAUAAAAGUGCCUGCAUCCUCAUGCUUGCCGCAACGAUGUGGGCUUUAACUUAACGGUUUGCAAAAGAAUAAAGUUGAUAGGGAGUGAGUAAUACUUCUGCUAAAAUAGUGGACAGUUAGUUUGCCUAACGAUCCCAAAAUGCAGAAGUUAUGUCAACAGAAUAAUUGCAUAACUUUCAAGGGUAGGGACUUAGAAUGAACACCCAGAAGGCGAUUUAUAGUCGGCCCCGAAAUUUUCAUUGGAAUUUAACGUUCCAGACACAUCAUCGUCGGCUAAAACAACAAGAGGAAUAUGGACUACUUAUUUUUCCACACCGCUAGAUAAUUUUUUGUUAGCAGUACGAUAGAACAACUGUGAAAAUAAGCAUAAAUAAGUUUUCAUUGAUUUAGACUUUUUAAUCCAUAAGGUGCGCCUAAUGAUACGUUUUCGGCCAAAAUAUAAAGCGAGCGACAGACCAUUUUAUCUACUGAAUAAAGCUUGAUUAGGAGCUUUUAAGUGAAUGCAAUCUAUACUAAUUUGCUCCUAACACCAGUUUCUACUACUUUUUUCAUCUGCAGGAGGCCAUCUUGA